AUGUCCGUCCUCCACCAUGGAGGGUCCUACCUUCAGCGACGCCUCACCAAAAUGUAUUCGGAUAUGAAGACUUCGUGCGAGAGUGUCACUACUUCGACCGCAUACAAGUCGGUCGAUGAUCCGGAGUUUCUCGCGCUCAAAGCGAGCAUCCGCACCCAGACCGAUAGACUCCUGGCAUGGGGCUUAGAUUGGAGCGAUGCCAGUGCUGCCCAGCCAAAUGAUAUCGAUGAAUCUAUCACGCGGGCUGGUUUUAGUGACGUCGUCGAGAGUGUCAUGUCUUCUAUCCAGGAUCUUCUUAAUGAAGCCGAUCGCCUGUUGAAGAGCAACCCGACUGAUUCGCCAUCUAAGGAAAGUCUGGGCAGUGUAGCCUUGAAGACUCAUUGGACCACUGAAGAUAUAAAACGUUCCAAGGCCUUGGUGAGCGAUUUGACUUCUUGCAUUGACACCCUAUAUGACCUGUCGCGUUCUCGUCGAAAUAUGACGGCCAACAUGUCCGGUGGGCAACAACCUGCGAAGAAUCGGCCAAAACUACCCAUGCGACGGAAACCGUUGAAGAAGCAGGACGAUGCUGUGUAUUCGGCUUUUGCGGACUCCAAAUCUCGCCACAAUAGCCCUAUCGAGUCCAGUGAAGGUUACCAAGAUAUCAAAACUCUUCCUCAAGGGAGCUUUGAGAUCUCACCUCUCUCGAACCUCCAUGUUGCUCAAGUACCAUUUCGCGAGCAACACAAGAUGGAGCAUUCUUUUACGAAAUACUUUCUGUCAACAAAACGCUACCUGAUUGAUCGCUCGGCUCUGCAACUCUCCGGUCCUUCCCAUGAUAUGACUCCGCCACCAUAUGAGGUAGUCGCUGCAUCGGCCAAUUCUCGCGUCGUUGGCCGGAUAAAAACCUCAGCUUCACCAUUGCUGAGCUCGACGACAGAGCCAACUGUCUCUAUCCUGGUUGAGUUCACUCCCAUGAUGUUGGAGACGCAAAACGCAAUCACCAUACCGGCAAGCCAACGACUAGAAAAAGUCAAUCAGUCGCUCGAUCAACUAGUCCAAAAUGGCAGAGUAUCUCAUCUUGGUCUACUGAGAUUCCUCGGCUACUACAUCGAUAUGCCCAAUGCUCGAUACGCUUUCAUAUACCAGAUGCCAGUCGACUAUUUCCCUUUUUUCCGUAACCCAACAGAUCUUUUGAAUGAAUGGAAGCCCAGGCCACUGGUUUCUUUUUUCCAGACUGGUGACCAUCAGGAGGUUCCCAAUCUUGAGACUCGUUUGCACCUAGCAUACGAUCUUUUGAUGGCCGUACUCCACUUGCGAAGUCAGAACGUCGUGCAUGGCAGCAUCAACAGCAGCAAUAUCCUUAUCUUUCCCGGGCUGGCCAGUUCACAAAAUGACGAAAUUCGACUUGCAGAAGAUUUCCGUCGUCCUUAUUUAACCUCAUUGGCCCAGUUUUCUGGCGAUGGAGCAUCUCCCGAGCCGCUUUCAUCAAGCAUGUAUCGCCAUCCAGAUGACAAAAGGCAACUCGAAGAUGAGGCCGCUUGGGCUUACGAUCUCUAUUCUCUCGGUUUGGUAUUACUAGAAAUUGGUCUAUGGUUGCCUAUCAGCAAGUGCUGGAAAAUGAAAUAUAACAAUUCCAUGUUCAAGCAAAGGAUCGAAAACUUUUAUGUUAAACGGCUUGGACCAAAAUGUGGUAGUGCUUAUCUGCAUAUGGUUCAAUUAUGCCUCGAUGCACCAAAUUUCCACCUCUCAACGCAGCCUAUGGAUGACCUGGGUCUUCGAGUACCUCAGAUCUAUCAUUACCCGGUGCUCGACCUGUCAGAACCGGAUGGGAUGUUCUCUUUCUCGAUGAAUUUCUUAUACACGAUCUGCAAGAUUGCAUGGGCAUGCUGCCGCAUAGAUAUAUUUUCUGCCCCUCCACCAGAGGAUCUCGACGAUUGUCUCCCUCUUGCGCUUGUCCCAGCCUCACAAACAGCAGCCGCUAUGAAGCAACCUAUUGAAAAUACGGUGUCCAAGAGAGCCGAUUUGACAUCAGAACAGUCCACCAAAGUACCUUUUGAGGAAAUGAGGGAGCUGAAAGGUAAAAGAGCUUUGGAGGACAGAAAAGUGAAGAAACGUACCAUCCGGAAACUUACCGAUGUUGAAAUACCCCCGGAACAUCUCCAGGAAUGGAAUUUCCAGUUGAUGCCCAAGUUGAGUAAGCUUCUGCAAAAGAUUUUCAAAGAGUCAUCGGAACCAUGCAGCGCCACACUUAUGAUGACUGGGGAAACCGCUGAAGCCGCGAAAACGACCAUCUGCGUGACCUGCUCCAACGUCAAGAAGGUCAGGUCAGCCCUAAAAAGGCAUUUUGAGCUUAACAAGGAAGGCUGGGACCUGGUAGUUCUUCGCGGAGAUGUUCAACGAUCGAAAGCCCCGCGGAGAAGGCGUCGCAGGCCGGCAAAAAAGGGGCAAGAGAGUAACAAUAUGACUUCAUUCGAACAGUUGAACCCUUGUUAUCAGCAACGACCUAUAUGUGGUGCCUCCAUAGGAGCCUUUCUAAACGAAGAACAUUUCCCCCCUGUCUCAUACGGUGGAAUGGUUCUCGUGGAUGGCAUACCGUUUGGGAUGACGGUUCAUCACAUGCUUGAGGCGCCUAGCGACAGUGAGGAUUAUGAGGAUGAGCCAUCGGAUCUCCCCUCGCGCUCGGCUGCAGGCGGUUGGUUUAGGAAUCUACCGAUUCCAAAUGCGAGUUUCAUGCAUAACUGGUGUGAGGAUGAUGAUGACCUGUCUGAGGAUAACCUUGAGUUUGAAGUCACCGACGACGAAGAUGGGGAUGAUAACUCCGUCUUACAAAGCCUGGAUGAAUCUGGUGACGACUACUGGCUAUCAGACGACUAUUCUUCGGACGAAGAAGGGAUCGAUUCGAACGACAAAUAUGUCGACGAGGAUGCCGCUUCCGUCGGAGAUACAUCUGGUAUUAUACCUGGUGAAGAGCCACUGCCUAUGGUAACCCAACCUGCAAUCGACGAUGUGCACGAGGAUUUCUUUCCAGUCCCAGAAGAUCGUGACGAUGAGCACUUGGCUUCACAUUCCCUUGGGUACGUCUACGCUUCUUCUGGUGUCCGACGCUGGACACGGAAGGGGAUUAAACACGAAAUUGAUUGGGCGUUACUCAAGAUCGACGAUAGUCGCAUGGAGGUUCGCAACAUUGUCCUUGACAAAACAGCGAUGACAAGUCCUUCAGGAGUGCCUGGUGAGAGCGACUCUGUGACAAUUCAUCUCAACAAGGUGGCACGGAUGGAAGAUCUCGGUGGCCUUGACGUCCAUUGCUGCGGUCGAACUAGUGGUCUUCAGAGUGGCCGGAUAUCCAAGGCCCUGACCUUAGUCAAGUUUAAAGGCCGGAAGUCUUUUUCAACAAGUUUCUGUGUCGAUGGCAAUUUUGGAGCUCCUGGAGACUCCGGCGCCUGGGUGUUCGACAAGUCAUCGGGCCGUGUCUGCGGUCACGUCCUCGCCUGGUCCGAGAAAACUCGCACUACAUAUAUCGCCCCUAUGGAAGUCAUUCUAGAGGAUAUUGCUCGCACCCUAAACGCUUCCCGGGUCACGCUCCCCGGUGCUCCGGACGCACCAAUAUUCCCCAUGUCUCAUCUUCCCUCGUCGCAGCCUAUUGAAUAUGGUUAUGGACGCGUACAUAGCUAUGAACCGCAUAACCAGAUUCCUGCACCCGGCCAUCCAAACCAGCAACAGCAACAGCAACAACAGCAGCCAAGAGGACUUUUCCCCGUCAAUGCGAGACAUAUAAAUCUCAACUUGGAUGAUCCUGCCCUCCCCAGUGUAGAAGUAGGGGUCGGCCGUUCGUCACGUGGUUUCAAAAGCAUUCCUCCCUACGUCCCUCCUUCCACUACCCCUCCUACUACCACAAAUACGAUAGCAUAUGGUGGUUCGAUGGCAGGACUUAUCAGGCCGACAAGAGGCUUGGGAAGGCAAACUGCAUGA